CUCCGCGGGAUUCAAAAUCUGUCGAUAACUCGGCGCCUUCCAUACGUAAUCUCCACUAGUCUAUGGCGGGCGGAAAACUUGAUAAGGGAGAAGAAGCUGAGGUUUAUGAAUAUGGCUGGCAGCCGAGUCUUUGUGAGGACGAAGAGGUUGAUGAAUAUGGCUUGCCUUCGGAUAUUUAUGUGGACGACGCAACUUGGAUCUCAUAUUUAGAGCGGCAGGAUGAGGCUAGAUUUCAAGACGUAGUUAGAAUAUUAGGGCUGGGAGACACAAAUGUAAGGCCAUCUCAGCCAUUGCAUUUGCAGGUGCAGGUGCCUAAUAGUCCAACUCCAGAGGCUAUUGGCGUCGGCAAUGUCAAUGAUGGAAAAGAAGCAGUAGCUUCAUCUGAGACAGCUGGCGGGGCCUCAGAAUCCUCCGUACUGUCGGUCGCAGAUGUAAUGGCAUGUUUUCAGUUUCGCCGGGGAAGCAGCAAUGAGAAUACAGAGGAAAAACCAGAGACGAGUCGGCAGCAGCAGCAAGACUCCACAUUCACCCUUGACAAUGACGAGUUCCCGACUUUGGCUUUGGCAGCAACUCACUCUCCUCCUCCUCGACGCAACCGCAACCGCAACCGCAACAGAAGAGAUCCUUCUUCAGCUGUCAAACCGAAUAAAGAAGCCGCAACUUCAACUUCUUCGGCUUCUUCUUCUUCUUCUUCUUCCCGAAACAGAGCUUAGCAAACGUGAUGAUAAGAGAUCCUUCCUUCCUACUUGUGUCUGUGCUAGACUGACUAGAAGCAUUUUUGUGACGGACAGACAUUCGAUUCUCAGGUUAGUUAGUAGAUACAUAUAGGUAUAGUAAGUAGAAAUAAUUCGACAAAUUAAAUACUACUCAAAGAUGAUCAAAGUGCAUGUGCGAUUUGCCUGCACCUUGGUUGGUGCUUCUGUAUUUCUGCAUUCUACAACAAUACAAUCAUGGGUAAGAAUAAUACAGCAGACUGGUAUUAUAUUGUU